GUUCAUACAAGUUUGUGCAAAAGUGUGCACGAUUCUCAACAAAAAUCACACCCUUCGACAGUGUGACGACCCGUAAGAUUUUGCACACCACAAAGGCACAAAAACGGAGAGCGUCGGUUUCGGCCAUCUUGCACGUUUGCUUCGGCAUAGAGUGUCCUACUUCGGCAUUUUGCCGCGCACACCCAAUUCGGACGGGCCGGGACGGUAAAAAAAAGUUGGACGAGACUGUUGCGGCGGCCGCAGACGUUUGCAAAAAUUUCAAUAGGGUGAAACCUCGCUUGUCUCUUGUGUGCAGGACGCUCUGCUGCUAUAUAUUUGUGCUUUUCUGGACAAAAAAUGCUGAAAGGUGAGCAGAUCAGACAUGGAGGGCUCCCUCUCGGACUGAUUGAUCCGGACAAGUUGAGGAACCUGGGCAACGAGUUCUUCCAGGCCGGCGACUACUGGAACGCGGUGUCCCAUUACACCAAGAGCCUCGCCAGGGCUGCUGCCGGCAGCGAACUGCGUGGCCUGGCCUACGCCAACCGAAGCGCAGUCCUGCUUUGCCUGGGCUACUACGACGAGUGCAUCAGCGACGCCAAAUUCGCUCUGCAGAACAACUACCCUGAUAAUUUGGCUUACAAACUGCACCUGAGAAUGGCCACCUGCUACAAGGCUCAGGGUCAGCAAACUGAAGCCGAAGUGCACAUGCAGGCGGUUAUGCGGCUGUUUGAGGAUCAGCAAAUGGAGUCGGCAGCCUUUGAGCGCAUCAAAGGCCAAUUCGCAGAACGUCACCAGCCAAAGUUGCCGCGAAUCAGAGUAGAGUACCUUGAACCUCCUCCUCUGUGCUGCGGACCACAUCCCCAGGACUCGUCCAUUUCGUCAGCUCUCGACAUAAAGCUUAUUGGCCAGAAAUUGUCAUUGGUGGCCAACAGGAAUAUUAACACCGGUGACGUUCUGCUGAUUGAGGAACCAAAGCUCGUGGUCAACCAUUGCCACAUGAAUGGAGGUGAUCCAAGUUGGAUCCACUGCAGUCGCUGCCUCAAGGUUUGUGUAAACCUCCAGCCUUGCCAGACCUGCUCUCAGGCUCUUUAUUGUAGUGAGACGUGUGUAUCUGAAGCCUGGGAAAACUACCACAAGAAUGAGUGCAUGGUGAAGAAAGAGAUCGUUGAGAAGCUUAUCAGCGGGAAAAUCAACACAUCACACCCUGUUGGAUUCAUCGCCGCAGUCAAUUAUUCUUUUGCCAUGAUUUCGAAAUACGGCCUUGAAACAUGCAUCAACUAUUUUGUUGAAAAUGCCGACCAUUCUAGCACACCGCAGGAACUCAGAGACUUGAUGCAAAUUGAAGGAUGUGAAAUGGGUGAUUUAGCAUACGGUGAACCAUUCCAGGCUGGCAUUCGGAGAGUCACUAAAUCUAAAUCUUUGGGCUUAUCUUCUGCUCAGAAACCAGCACUUUUCAAAUUUUUGGUGAAAUCUGCUAAGAUCCUGUUUGGGGGGCACAUUAAUAGGCACCUGAUGCUCACUGAGAUGUCUCUAGUUGGUGGGGAACUUUGUGCCGAUCCUUCUGGUCUUAUCAACAUUGCUUUUGGUAUUUACCCCAAAACAUCCAGGCUGAUUUCAACUUGUGAUUCCAACACUUUCUGUCAUUAUUAUCAGAAAACUUUGGUUCUUCGAGCCUCGCGACCAAUUUCUGUUGGCGAAAAUGUCUCGAUCACUACAAGGGGCAUGAAGUACUCGGUGGCUCCACUAGAAGAGCGCAAGGCUGUUUACUGCUCACUGUUUGGUCGCUCUUUCAGGUGCCAUUGCAGAGCUUGCAUAGAGGAUUGGCCGGAGUCAAAAAACCUAACCACCUGCCACGAGUUCGUCACUUGCAAUGACAAAUUCAAAAGAUUUCUCUGUCCCAAAUUUGAGGCAAACAUUAGGCAGCCAAUGCAUUUAUUCCGUGGAAAACUGCACCUUUCCAAACUUUCUCCUGAGAACUUGACACUGUGCCAACAAAUUCAGCAAUUGUACGUUGACCAACGAAAGGAUGAUCAGCAGUAUAAUAAUGUGUCUGAUUUUCUCUAUAUUUAUUUUCAUGUCCAUGUUAAAAAGUAUUUGAAGGAGAGUGGCACCAAUGCAAAACCUAAGCAGUUGGAUCAUUUCAUCCCCUGCAAGGUAUUCUAAUUUUUGUGCUGAUUUUUUAAUAGAAUAUUAAUGUCCUGCUCAAUAUUGAUGCAAUUGUAAAAAAAUUAUAGCUGUAAAAUUUGAUUCAACUUAUUCUAUAAAUUAAGCAUUUUAUUUUAAGUAUUUCUUAUAUAUUGGCUUGAGGAUUUGUUAUUCAUUUAUGUGCGCUGCUUCUAAAAAUAAAUUGACU